AUGGUUUGCUCCGGGUAUUGGUUGGGUUGUGGAAUUGCUCUUGCGUUUGUCUUGGAUCCUGUUACGGGAACUGCUGAAGCUUUGAGCCAUGCUACAGCUGAUUUUGGAAUGGCUUUAGAGGAGUGCCGCGGCGAGUCGGGAUUAACGAAAGAAACCAUGGACGAAUUCAAGAUCUUUUGGAGCGAGGACUUCGAAGUGGUUCACAGGGAGCUGGGUUGUGCGCUCAUUUGCAUGUCAAACAAGUUAGCCCUCAUGCAUGAUGACGCCCGCAUGCACCACACAAACAUGCAUGACUAUAUCUUGAGUUUCCCCGAAGGUGAACUACUCUCCAAGAAAAUGGUACAAAUGAUCCACACUUGUGAGAAGCAAUACGACGAUAUAGAGGAUGACUGUUCUCGCGUGGUCAAGGUAGCUGCCUGCUUCAAAGUCAUGGCUAAGGAGGAUGGCAUAGCUCCAGAAGUAACUAUGAUAGAGGCCGUCUUGGAGAAGUACAAUUAA